AUGGCGGACAUUUCCGGAGAGGAACUAGAUGAGAUCUAUGCUUUUGCUGUUAACCUCGGAGAAGAGGCGGGGAGGAUGCUCAUGCAUGGGGCGAGAGUGAGGAUGGGAGAUGAGCGCGUCGCAAAUGAGCAGGAGGAACAUGUGCAGAAGGAAAAUGCGGUGGAUUUGGUUACGAAAAUGGAUGACGACGUUGAAGCUUUUAUCAGGGGCCAAAUCGCGAACAAGUAUCCUUCGCACAAAUUCGUCGGCGAAGAGUCCUACUCCAAAGGUGCAUCGCGCGACUACCUCAUCGACGACAAUCCAACAUGGUGUGUCGACCCGCUCGACGGAACAGUAAAUUACAUCCACCUCUUCCCCCUCUUCUGCGUCUCCAUCGCCUUUAUCCACCACUCUAAGCCCCUCAUCGGCGUCAUUAAUGCCCCGCUACUCAACUACUUCUUCUCGUCCUGCGCUGGGCGGGGCGCGUAUCUGAACCGCACGCAACGUCUUCCCCUUAUCCGCAACCCUAUUCCUCCCCUUCCUGCAAACGCGCCGAGCGGAUGUAUCUUCUCGUGCGAGUGGGGCAAGGACAGGCGAGAUGUGCCUGAGGGGAAUCUGCACAAGAAAGUGGAGAGCUUUGUGAAUAUGGCGGCUGAAGUGGGCGCCAGAGCCGGAAGGGGCGGGAUGGUGCAUGGAGUGCGGAGCUUGGGGAGCGCGACGCUGGAUUUGGCAUUUGUGGCUAUGGGCGCAUUUGAUAUUUGGUGGGAGGGAGGCUGCUGGGAGUGGGACGUCGCGGCUGGCAUUGCUAUCCUCCAGGAAGCAGGUGGGCUGGUUACAACUGCUAACCCACCGGGGGAUUACGCGACCGCGCCGAUUGAAGAUGCGCGGCUGGGGAGUCGACUGUAUCUUGCUAUCCGACCAGCGGGAGCUUCGGCUACGGAAACUGGACGUCAGGCACAGGAGAGGACUGUACGGGAGGUAUGGCGUAGGGUUCGCAAUCUGGAUUAUUCACGACCUGGGGGAUAA